AUGGGUGAAUCAGAUAGUGCACCAACUGGGUUGUGCGGAACGGACCUGAUUAUUGAUGGCUGGUUCCACGAACGAGGCGAACUGUGGCCUGGCCAGGCCAUGUCUUUAAAAAUCAACAAAGUCCUCGAUCAUCAUCGCUCCAAGUAUCAAGAUGUCCUAGUCUUUGAAUCCGAAAAACAUGGAAAUGUGCUGGUACUCGAUGGCGUUAUUCAGGUCACGGAGCGGGAUGAAUUCUCCUACCAGGAAAUGAUUGCCCAUAUCCCCCUUUUUGCCCAUCCGGAUCCGAAGCGAGUAUUGGUCAUUGGAGGUGGAGAUGGAGGCGUCUUGCGUGAAAUUGCUCGCCAUUCUGGUGUGGAAGAAAUUGUCAUUUGCGAGUUGGAUCAAGGGGUGAUUGAUGUAUCCAAAAAAUACCUACCUUCUUUGGCCAAGGGCUAUGACGACCCUCGCGUUACGGUCCAUGUCAUGGAUGGAGCUGUCUUUAUGGAGCAAAACCAAAACUAUUUUGAUGUCAUUAUCACAGACUCCUCGGAUCCCAUUGGACCUGCCAAUGUCCUCUUUGAGACGCCUUUCUACAAGGCCAUGCAUUCCGCUUUGAGAGAAGGCGGCAUUGUUUGCACGCAAGGAGAAUGCAUGUGGUUGCAUGUCGACUUGAUACAGCCAUUGGUCAAGUCCAUUGGCUCCAUCUACACUUCCGUUGGAUAUGCCUACACGACAAUCCCCACAUACCCUUCGGGACAGAUUGGGUUCAUUAUUGGAACCAAAGGAAGAGGAGAAUGCUCGACACCCUCCAGGAACCCUACACCCGAAGUCCAAAAGGAAUUGCGUUACUACACGCCGGAACUUCACAAAGCUUCGUUCGUCUUGCCCGCAUUUGCUCGUCGAGCCAUCUUUGAAGACGCGGUGUAGCUUCUAUAGGUUUUUCUAUAAUACAUGUAGUGAGAGUUGCGGUGUUUAUUGACUGCCUGUUGACUGUGUAAGUCCAUGGCUCCGGUAUUAGUCUACUGAAUUGGUUGGGACGUGCAUGCUAGCUAGCUAGGGUUUGUCGCCGCAUCCACUCGAAAAUCCAUGACAACGAAAGGAACCCAACUAAAAAUAGUAGGGGUUGUCUUUAGCCCCCGUCUAAACCAAACCAAAGAUUUCACAGCGCGCUAUUCCCAGCUUCUGGCUAGCUUUCUAUACUGGUG